CCUCCCUUGGUCCAGUUCUCUGGGAGAUGUUCCUCAUCCUUGAGUGUCUGGGUCCAUGUCUUCCUGACCAGGGAAGAUUUUAUUGAUUUUGCACCGUAUUUUGCAUUGUUUGUCAAUUUGCAAUCUAUGAGUAUUCUCGUGUUAAGUGUUCGCGUCCACCUGUUUUUGAUUUCGACUUCUGAUGCUUCGUCUUUCGCUUGA